AUGUGUAUCAUUCUUGCUUUGACUCUACACCUGUCUGUGUUCCUCAUCUUCUGUGUUCUCUACUCUAAUAUUUGUCAUUCUGUCACUGUUACAGAGUGUGGCGUUAGUAAGUUCAACAGACACAGGCAGCCUCGGAGGCCAGAGCAGGACCUGGGUGAUAUGGUUCUGCGGGAGCGACAACGAGCCAUCGGGGACUCGAAGUCCGCCACUCAACCUUACUUCGAAGACGCGUCUUGGGAUGGGUCACCCUACUUCGCGGAGGCUGACGGAGGCGCAGCGGGAGGGGACACGACUGAGCGCUCUCGUACCAACAACCGCAUGAUGGUUUUUGACGAUACAUCAACGGGACGCAUCGUCGGAGGGAAGGAGAGCAAGCCAGGAGCCUGGCCGUGGCAGGUGUCGCUGCAGCUGGUACACCCGAGAUGGGGCCGGAUAGGUCACUGGUGCGGCGGUGUGUUGAUAGACCAACGAUGGGUGGUCACUGCUGCCCACUGCAUCAAUAAUGUGCUGUUCUCACUGCCGUUCGGGCCGCUGUGGACCGCCCUGGUAGGACAGAGGGAUCUUGGAGCUUCACAGGAGGAGGAGAAGGAGGAGAAGGAACCAGGAAGCUCUGAAACACUUCUCAAGGUGGAGAGAAUCAUCGUCCACGAGAGGUUCAAAAACUUCAAGAACGAUAUAGCGCUUUUCAAGUUGCGACAGUUGUCGAGUGUGGGCUACCCCGCCCUCACUCCUAUCUGCCUGCCAGACUCCCUCGAACUUCGCACUUUCUCCUUCGAGGGCCUCCGGUGCUUCGCCACGGGCUGGGGAAGGAUGGACACUGAAGAAGGUCCCUUGCAAUCCCUCCUCCAGGAGACCAAGGUACCGGUGUUGGCUACUAGCGUGUGUUCUGGUGCUUACAAUACCUCCCAGUAUGGCUUCGUGAAGCUAGGAGGGGGCCACCUGUGUGCUGGAGUGCUGGACGGGUCGGCAGGCACAUGCAUCGGUGACUCCGGUGGUCCCCUACAGUGCAACAUGAGGGAUGGCCGCUGGUACCUAGCCGGAGUGACAUCAUUUGGCUCCGGAUGUGCCAAGCCUGGCUUCCCGGAUGUCUAUACCCGCAUCACCUACUACCUGCCUUGGAUCAAACAACAGAUGAGGAUCCACAGAUGAUCCAGUUAUAGUCACUAAGUAGAGCACUAAACUCGCGUGGAUCAUUCGGGUAGAAGGCUCGAUCCUGAGUGUUGGAAGUGAGAUACCGGUCUGUGACCAGUGAGUCGGAUAGCGCUGGCACCACCUGAUGGUCGUAGAGAGACAGGUGAAGCUU